CUUGUUUGGGCCAGUGCGCGUUCACGACAGCUUCGACGCCAACUUUUUUUUUUUUUGUCGUCGUCGCGGACUUCUUCUCGCUUUCGGACGACGUUUCAACAACAACAAAAACUUCUCCUUUCUCACCGCAUUCCGGACUCCGAGUCGGGCUGGCAUUUGGGCCAGGAAAGUUGCGCCGAGGAGGGGAGGAGUAAAAAGUAAAGUUAGCCCGGCGAGCUAACUUGCGCUAAAGUGGGUGCGCGGCGAGGUGAUCACGUGACCGACAUGUUUACAUCGGGGCGCGUUCGUGUGGCGUUACCGGUUAUAGCUUCCCACUCGGCGCCAGCUAGCUCCGGUGACAUAGCGAGCGCCGACACCAGCCUCCCCGCAAACAUGCGCCGGCAGACCACCGAGCCGCGUUCCGCCCAGAUGAUCCGCGACAGGAAGCGGGACUACUAGAGCCGAGCCAGGAGGCUAUUUGACCGUGUGUGUGUGUGCGUGUGUGUUGGCUGCGCCCAUGGCGGAGUUCGGGGAUUAUCACGCCGGGGACGGCGUGCAGAUGUCGGGGAAGACGCCCGGCGAGGGCUCGGUGUCAAACGGCGACUGUGGCAUGUGCGAGAACGAGGCGGCGGUCGGUUCGGCGGAAGCCUCCUCUGCCGACCCCGACAACAGAACCGACAUGCCUCGCAGGAGCAGCAUCAUCAAGGACACUUCGAGACAGCGGAAGGAAAGAAAGAAGACGGUGUCUUUCAGCAGCAUGCCUACUGAAAAGAAGAUAAGCAGCGCCAGCGACUGCAUCACUGCAAUGGUGGACGGCUCCGAGCUGAAGAAGGUGCGGUCCAACUCUCGGGUUUACCACCGCUACUUCCUGCUUGAUGCUGACAUGCAGUCCUUACGAUGGGAGCCCUCAAAGAAGGAGUCGGAAAAGGCCAAGAUUGAUGUGAAAUCCAUCAAGGAGGUCCGGGCGGGGAAGAACACAGACACGUUUAGAACUAAUGGAACCUAUGACCAGAUAUCUGAGGACUGUGCUUUCUCAAUUAUCUUUGGUGAGAACUAUGAGUCCUUGGACUUGGUGGCCAACACUGCAGAUGUAGCCAACACCUGGAUCACAGGACUGCGAUACCUGAUCUCCUAUGGGAAACAUACCUUAAACAUGAUCGAGAGCUGUCAAAAUAAUAUGCGUUCAUCCUGGCUUGGGGAGCUUUUUAAUGAAGCAGACAGUAACAACAGUCAACAAAUAACAAUAUGUGCUGCUGUGCAGCUCGUCAAAAAAUUGAACCCGGGACUUAAGAAUGUAAAAAUUGAACUGAAGUUUAAGGAACUUCACAAAGUGAAGGACAAAGCUGGUUCUAAUGUAACGAGAGACGAGUUCAUCGAGGUCUUUCACGAUCUUUGCACAAGGCCAGAGAUUUAUUUUCUCUUUGUACAGUUUUCGAGCAACAAAGAGUUUCUCGAUACAAAGGACUUGAUGAUUUUUCUGGAGGCAGAGCAAGGUAUGGCGCAAUCAAGUGAGGACACCAGCAUAGAAGUCAUUCAGAGGUAUGAACCGUCCAAAGAGGGCCGGCUUAAAGGUUGGCUCUCACUGGAUGGCUUUACCAAUUACCUUCUGUCUUCAGAGUGCCAUAUAUUUGAACCUGAACACAAAACCGUAUGCCAAGACAUGAACCAGCCAUUGUCCCACUAUUACAUCAAUGCUUCCCACAACACGUACCUUAUAGAAGAUCAAUUCAGAGGUCCUUCCGACGUUACGGGCUAUAUCCGCGCACUCAAGAUGGGCUGUCGCAGUGUAGAACUAGAUGUGUGGGAUGGACCUGACAAUGAACCUGUCAUCUACACUGGUCACACCAUGACCUCACAGAUCGUUUUUCGUAACGUCAUUGAAGUCAUCAACAAGUAUGCGUUUGUUGCAUCUGAGUACCCUCUUAUGCUGUGUUUAGAAAACCAUUGCUCGUUAAAGCAGCAACAAGUCAUGUUUCAGCAUUUAAAGAAGAUCCUUGGAGAUAAGAUCAACUUAGAUCCUGCUAACCCUGAAGAUCGCUACCUUCCAUCUCCCUCAGAACUGAAGGGAAAGAUUCUGCUGAAGGGAAAGAAACUCGGCACUAAUUGCACUGCUUCUGAGGGGGAGGUGACGGAUGAAGAUGAGGGGGCAGAGAUGUCUCAGAGAAUGAGCAUUGAUUCUCCGGAGCAACAAACUGUCGCAACCAAAAAGUUCCAGUUGUCAAAAGACCUUUCUGAUCUCGUCACAUUAUGUAAGUCUGUGGAGUUUAAGGACUUCCCGACGUCAUUCCAGUGCCAGAAGCAUUGGGAGCUCUGCUCUUUCAAUGAGGUCUUCGCCAGUCGCUGUGCUAGUGAUUUUCCGGGAGACUUCGUCAAUUAUAACAAGAACUUUCUAGCACGUGUGUACCCCAGUCCAAUGAGGAUUGACUCCAGCAACAUGAACCCACAAGACUUUUGGAAGUGUGGUUGCCAGAUUGUGGCAAUGAACUACCAGACUCCCGGCCUGAUGAUGGAUCUAAACAUUGGCUGGUUCCGUCAAAAUGGCAAUUGUGGUUACGUCCUCCGUCCAGCCAUUAUGCGGGAGCAGGUUUCCUAUUUUAGUGCCAACACAAAAGAUUCCGUGCCUGGUGUUUCUCCGCAACUUUUACACAUUAAAAUUAUCAGUGGACAGAACUUCCCCAAGCCCAAAGGUUCCGGUGCCAAAGGAGAUGUUGUAGAUCCUUACGUGUAUGUAGAAAUACACGGCAUUCCAGCUGACUGCGCAGAGCAAAGGACUAAGACGGUCAACCAGAACGGAGACAAUCCUCUGUUUGAUGAGAGCUUUGAGUUUCAGAUCAACCUACCCGAGCUCGCCAUGUUGCGCUUCGUGGUGCUGGAUGAUGACUACAUAGGUGACGAAUUCAUCGGCCAGUAUACCAUCCCUUUCGAGUGUCUGCAGCCGGGCUUCCGCCACGUUCCGCUCCAGUCUCUCACGGGCGAGGUUCUGCCACAUACCCUGUUGUUCGUUCAUGUGGCCAUAACCAAUCGACGAGGGGGCGGCAAACCCCACAAAAGAGGUCUGUCGGUGAGGAAGGGCAAAAAGAACAGGGAGUACGCCAGCAUGAGAGUGCUGCUGAUCAAGUCCUUGGAUGACGUCUUUAAAACGGCCUUGCUGCCACUCAGAGAGGCUACAGACUUCAGAGAAAACAUGCAGAACGCCAUAGUGUCCUUUAAAGAGCUGUGUGGCCUUUCAGCCGUGGCUAAUCUCAAGCAGUGCAUCUUGGCCCUUGCCCCUCGACUGAGCGGCCCUGAUAGCAGCCCCAUCCUGGUGUUCAACGUCGCCGACCACUUUCCCGUCAUGGAGCCCCAAGGUCUGCUGCCGGAGGUUCUCAAGAAAGUGGUCACCAACUAUGACAUGGUGAUCCAGACCAGCAAGACGUUGCUCGAGAACUCCGAAGGGGUCUACGAGAUGAUCCUGCAAACCCAGAAAGCAGCGAUGGAGUUCCACCAGAACCUCCAUGACCUGGCAGUGAAAGAGGGACUGAAGGGCAGGAAGCUUCACAAGGCGGUGGAGAGCUUCACGUGGAACAUCACCAUCUUGAAGGGCCAGGCGGACCUCCUGAAGCACGCCAAGAGUGAGGUCCAGGAGAACCUCAAGCAGAUCCAUUACGCCGCCUUGACGUGUAACCUGAGCAAAGGCGGAGGAGCGGCAGCCGGCGGCUCGACCGACUCCAAGAGCGGACGCGGCCUUGACAUCAUCCCUGAGAAGGCCACGGCCGAGGAGGAACUCACCGACGACGAGGACGACUGAAGACGCUCCUCUCAGGUCUGGUCCUCCACGUCCGGUUUCAAUUCCUGUCUGAACAAAGUUUGCUUUUUCUGCUGAGUCACCAUGCAGUAGAACAACAGCGGAACCUCCAAUGUUGGCUUUUCCACGUAGGAAAUCACGUAGAUUAGUGGUUCUGGAACUUUUUUUCACCGAGUACUCUCCAAGUACCACCAUAAUGACCACCAUUUAAAAAAAAACAAAAAAACUGUCGCGUAGUAGGCCCAAGUAUUCAUUAAAAUCAAGGCUGAGGUUAUAUUCAACACCUAUAUUUAAUAUGUUUGGCCACUAACAUUACACACAGUUUGAACAGUAACACUGUGCUCGGAUAUAGGAAAUAAAACACUGUACUUUAAAUAAUGAAUUACAAUACAUCACAAUAUUUAAUGAAGUGAUUAUUUGGCGUACCACUGUUGGAGAAUCACUGAUGUGGAGUAAAUUAAUUUCUUCCGUAACAUUUUAGGAAUUGUCGUGCGUAAAAAGAAGUUAACUACCGUAAAAUAAAGCCAAAGUAAAAUUGCUAACAAUUUUAAGAGCUUCUGGCUACAUUCUGGCUUGCUGUUAUUAAUGCUCUUCAGUCCCUCCAGGAAUUCGCGGCGGCUUUUGUGGGAAGUCGCAGCAAAAGUUUCAAGCGUAGAUUAUUAUUUUUUUUUUUAUCAAUCAAUCAAUCAAUGUUUACUUAUAUAGCCCUGAAUCACUAGUGUCUCAAAGGGCUUUUACAGUCGAUGACCUCGAAUCCACCUGUUACUUGAGGAAUUUGUAAUCAGUUGUGUAAGUGUUCCCUGUAUGGUUAACCUAAAAAAGCACAAGGUUGCAACAAAAAUUGGAAAACAAAUAUUGAUGUUUCACUCGUUUAAAGCCAGGUGUGUCCAAACUACGGUUCGCCAACGCCUUCAAAGUAGCCAUUGGGACAUGAGGAAACUUACCGGAAGGGAGCUUACAUUCAUUUAAAAAGUCAAUCAAUUCUGAUUUUGCUAUUAUUUUGCCGUCAAGUUGACAUCAUGAGCUUUUCCUGGUCAAUGAGCAUUUAUCAUGUGCUGAAUGGGCAGUAAUUAUUUAUAUGACCCAAUUAAAACAACCUUCCCUAGUCAUGGUGCAAAAACACAAAAUGUCAAGGUACAUGGCCACUGAACGUUUUGGAUAUUAUAAACAGUGUUCAUACACCAUUAAACAUCCAUAUAUGAACAUAUAUAUAUAUAUAUAU